AUGUAUACGAACGAUAUACAUUAAUAGAAUGUGACUUUUAUUUGUUUAGAAUGUGAAAUACACUUUCUGUUCUUAUCAUAAAUAUGGUAUAAUAUAUGCUUUUUUUGAUGUUCAUUUGAUUCAGUAUGUAUUUGGUCGUUAAGAAAUAAAGAUAUAUAAAAUAGUGUGUUGGUUUAAUAUAUCGAGAACAUUACAGUGGCGACGAGGAUAACGUCAUCGAUAGUUUACAAGUUACUGAAAUUUUCUUUACGGUAGUAGUUGAAAUGGCAGCCAUAGGUCAUUUACGGGAGUUCAAUGUUAGUGUUUCUGACUGGACAAUCUACAAAGUGCAGUUAACGAACUACUUCGCAGCAAACAACAUAACCGAUCCCGCAAUAAAAAGGGCAAUAUUUCUAAACUGUUGCAGCGAAAGCAGUUUUCAGCUUUUGAACAGUUUGUGUAUCCCGGAUACUCCACAAGAUAAAGACUUCAAUAAUUUACUGAAGUACUUCGAUACAUACUUCGCUCCGGCGAAAUUAGUUUUUCCAGAAAGACAGAAAUUCUAUAAUUGUUCUAAAGCCAAAGAAGAAUCUGUUCAAGAAUGGGCUGCUCGUGUUAGACAACUGGCUUCCAGAUGCAAUUUCAAAACGGCCGAAUUAUCCACCAUUUUGAGAGAUAAAUUCAUAAUGGGGUUUGAAAAGGGGCCUAUAAUGGACAGGCUAUUCGAAGAAGACGAAACAAAACUCACUUUUGAAAUGGCAAUUGAAGUAGCAUGCAGAAAAGAGGCUACAUGCAAGACUGAAGUGGCUUUUGGAAAUGUGAAGAAAGAGGAGAUGGAGAUGUACUAUUCGAAGACGAAACUUGGACCUGAAUUUCCUGAGAAGAAAUCGAAGCAUGGUUAUGAAAGAAAACUUUUCGAGAAGAAACGGACAACGGAAUGUGAUGUGUGCGGUAAAGUUCACUAUGGUUUGUGCAGGUAUCGAAAUUUUAUUUGCAAUCUAUGUGGAAAUAAAGGUCAUUUGGCGAAAAAGUGUUCAAAAGUAAAUUCAGCUAAAAAUCAUUUUUUGAAUUUGGAGGAUAAUACAACGGAAUCACAUGAUCAGUCAAUGAAUUUUGACAUUGAUAACGACCUAGAAAAUCAACUUUUUCAUUUGAAUACCUCAAAUGUAGACCCCAUUUUUGUUGAUGUAUUUGUUAAUAAUGUUCCUGUGAAAUUUGAGUUAGAUACCGGUGCCGGUGCGUCUGUUAUUUCUGAGAGGUUCAAAGCGGAUUUUUUUUCAAACUUACCAUUGCUUUCAUGUACAGAAAUAUUUCAAACUUAUGAUGGCAAGAAAAUUCAUCCCUUGGGAAAAAUCGAUGUUUGUAUUGGAUACAGAGGUAGGUUGGAAAAUUUGUUUUUGUAUGUCGUAGAAAAUGGGGGACCACCCCUAUUAGGUCGAGAUUUUCUCAACAAAUUUUCUUUAGGCAUAAAUAAGAUGGAAGUUUCAGAUAACCGGAUGUAUAUCGAAAAUUUUCAUAGGGAAUUUCCAAAUGUUUUCACGAAUAAAUUGGGAUUAUUUAAUAAAGGAAAAAUUCAUUUGAAACUUGAAGAGGGUUCUAUACCGAAAUUUUUUAAGCCUAGACCAAUAGCUUUUGCUCUGAAAGAAAAAGUGGAAAAGGAGAUAGAUAGAUUGGUUGAAGAAAAUAUACUAACACCUGUUGAUUAUAGCGAUUAUGCUACUCCCAUUGUGCCUGUGUUGAAAAGUAAUGGGUCAGUUAGAAUAUGUGGAGACUAUAGUGUAACUUUAAAUCCAAAUUUGGAAAUUGAUAAAUUUCCUUUGCCCAGAAUAGAAGAACUGUUCACUAAAUUGCAGAGUGGUACUAUUUUUACCAAAAUAGAUUUGUCUAGUGCAUUUCAGCAGGUCGAAUUAGAUGAUGAAAGUAAAAAACUCACCACCAUCAGUACUCAUAGGGGUUUGUUUUUUUAUAAUAGGUUACCGUUUGGCAUUCAUUCUGGUCCUUCGAAAUUUCAAAAAAUUAUGGAAAAAGUGGUGGUGGGUUUUGAAGAUGUGACAUGUUUUCAAGACGAUAUAUUAAUUUCGAGUAAAGAUAUUAAAGAACACAUCGAUAAAGUUCGAAGUGUUCUCCAUAAGAUGUCCGAAUGUGGUUUAACAGUUGAGAAAAGUAAGUGUGAUUUUUUUAAACCUAGUGUCGCCUAUGUUGGAUAUAUUAUAGAUAAAAACGGUUUGCAUAAGAGUAAAGAGAAAAUUGAUGCCAUUCUGAAGGUGCCAUAUCCUCAAAAUGUGACGCAAUUGAAGUCCUUUUUAGGAAUGGUCAAUUAUUAUAACCGUUUUAUACCAAAUGCUUCAUCAUUACUCAAACCACUUUAUAAAUUGUUACAGAAAAAUAGUUCAUGGAAGUUUGAUACUGCUUGUGUACAUAGUUUUGAGACUGUCAAAAGAGUUCUUGGUUCAGAAACCAUUUUAGUUCAUUUUAAUAGUCAACAAACUGUUCAUUUAUUUGUUGACGCUUCUCAAUAUGGUUUAGGUGCAGUCAUAAUGCAUAUUAUUGAAGGUAGUUUUAGACCGAUAGCAUACGCUUCUAGGACUCUAUCACAAAGUGAGUUGAAAUAUUCACAGAUUGAAAAGGAAGCUGCUGCAAUAAUUUUACCGUUUACAUACUGA